AAGAAGAAGAAGAAAGAAGAAGAAGAAGAAGAAAAGCAACAACAACAAAAAAGAAUGCUUGCUGCUCUUCGAGAGGACCCACAUCUGGCAGCUUUCAACUGCCUGUAACUCCAGCUCCAGGAAAUGAUGUCCUCUUCUGGCCUCUGAAGAUACUGUACUUAAGUACACAAACUCCCAGGUGGACACACACAUAUAAACAUAAUUAAAGGGCUGGAGAGAUGGCUCAGCGGUUAAGAGCACUGACUGCUUCCAGAGGUCCUGAGUUCAAAUCCCAGCAACUACAUGGUGGCUCAUAACCAUCUGUAAUGAGAUCUGAUGCCCUCCUCUGGUGUGUCUGAAGACAGCUACAGUGUACUCAUAUAAAAUAAAUAAAUCUUUAAAAACAUAGUUAAAACUAAAAGAAUAUCCAAGGCUAUAUAGAUAUAGACUCUGUCUCUAAUUAAAUAAAAAAGUAAAAUCUUUUAGAUAAAGCAAGAUAUAAUAAAGCCAUCUGGCUCCAUGACCCAACAGAUAAAGGUACUUGCCCCUAAGCCUGACAACCUGAGUUUGAGCCCUGGCACCAAAAUGGUGGGAGGAGAGAACCAUCUCUGCGGGUUGACCUCUGACUUUCAGGUAUACAUGCACACACAGCACUCAAAGAGAUAUAAAGAAUAACUAUAACCCAAGUGUGGUGACUUAGAUCUAUAAUCUCAGCACUCAGGAGGCAGAAGCAAGUAGGCCUCAGAACAACCCGGUUUACAAAGCGGCACUGUGUGGAGUUUGUGUGCACACACAUAUCUGGUGGUGAAAAUUAAGUCAGCCAACAUUGGCAAAAAACAGAGUGUGACACUAAAUCACCUGUCUUCUCCAGCCCUUCCAGUCUCCUUCAGAGACAUUACUGUCUGACACUAAAGCGUUGGUGUUCCAUCUUGUGUCCUUCUUUCUCAAGUCUCAUCUACUCUAGCAUGUUCUCUCUCUUCUUCCCUCCACCUCUGUUCUAUUGUCAUAUAUACACACAUCCUACUGCCUGUUCCAAGUCCUGGGAUUAAAGGUAUCUGCCACCAUGCCUGGCUUUGUUUUUAUUCUUUAAGUUUUGUAGGCUGUCCUUGAACUCCCUCUAUAUCCCAGCAAACCUUGCGGUUUUAAUCCUCCCACCUCAGCCAAGUAACUGAGAUUACAGGCCUGUGCUACCAGCUCAGAGAGACAGAGACAGAGAUGGGAAGGGGGAGAGAGAUUUGUGUAUAUGUGUGUGCAUGUGUGCAGGCACAGGCAUCCUAGUGUCAGAAGAAAGUGCUGGCUCCUCUGGAGCUACAGUUACACACACAGUUUGUUUGGUUUUUGUUUUUUGUUUUUUUUUCAGAGCUGGGGAUUGAACCCAGGGCCUUGCGCAUGCUAGGCAAGCGCCCUACCACUGAGCUAAAUCCCCAACCCCACAGUUUGGUUUUUGUUUUGAUUUGUUGCUUUGUUUUUGUCCGCUUGGGAUUCCAACUCAGGUUCUGUCUCUCUAACUGCGGUUGUCGACACACACACACACACACCCCUGCCCCCCCAACCCUGAGACAAGGUCUCACUCUAGUUCUGGAACGGACUGGGAUUGACUAUAUAGCCCAAGAUGGCCUCCAACUUGCAGCAGUUUCCUGCCUCUUAAUUCUAAAUACUGAAAUUACAGGAAUGAGCCACUGGGUUCUGGGUUGUCUCUGUCUUCAAAAGAAAUAGUGACCCAAAGCUUUGACUGAAGGCGCUCCCCUUGCUCCCACUCUGGAGGAGAGGGUCUCCAGAGACAUUCCAAACAAAAGAAGCCAUUUGAUCUUCAAUUACCCACAUCCCCACUUAUCUGAUCUGGGGUCUGGUGAAGGAGGACAGCAGGAACUAAGCACAACAUCCCACACCUUUCCAGCACAGCCCUGCAGACUUCCACAAGGCGGCGGAAGCCACCCUGUCUCACAGCUAUUGCCUCCUCUCACACGUGCUCCCCAGGAGAAAGGCCCCGCCCACUAUGAGCUGGUACGGUCACCUGUGAUCUAAGUUAGGUCAUCCUGAGAAAGGCAGCCAGAACAGAACGGGGUCAGAAGCGUGAACGGGGAACUAGUCCUCUUUAACCAGCUCUUUGAAGCCAGCUACUCACAGGUGUGGACAUGAUAACCCAUGACUGGUUUCUAACUCUGGGGAAAAUGAGUCUGCAUGCCUCACUCUACGGCAACACAAGCCACAGACCCUUUGUUCAUGUGGACUUGCCCUCUUACACACCCUGUGGCCUUUCUUUAUAUUUUAUAGUACUCCAGUUUAGGACGUUUUGGAAGCGUGAUGUAAAUAUUAGUCACCUGAGGAGGUCCUCUUGCCAGGGACAAAUUUCUUCUAUGCCUGCUGACCUCUGGUGGUGAGAUUUUGAACUGUAGGUUCCCUUCCCAGUUGUUGGCCGGUUGGCAAACAUGCUAUCUGGUACACACUUCUCAGCAAUCCCAAUUCAAAUGUUGAAAUUCUGUAGACAGUGAAAGUGUUUUUGUUUGUUUGUUUUUGUUUUUUUGUUUGUUUUUGUUUUUGAGACAUAGUAUAUGUAGCCCUGGCUGUCCUAGAAUUUGCCAUUAACCAGGCUGGCCUUGAACUCAGAUCCAUCUGCCUCUCUAAGUGCUGGGGUUAAAGGCCUGCACCAUGCCCACUAUGGAAACAUUUUUUAAAAUAUUUAUUUAUUUAUUUAUUUAUUACGUAUACAUCAUACAGCUUUCUGCCUGCUUGUACGCCUGCAGACCAGAAGAUGACACCAGAUCUCUUUACAGAUAGUUGUGAGCCACCAGGUGGUUGCUGGGAAUUGAACUUAGGACCUAUGGAAGAGCGGUCAGUGCUCUUAACCAUUAAGCCAUCUCUCCAGAGAGAGAAACAUUUCUUUAGCCUCUGAAGUUUGCAUUUGUUUUAAGGCAACAUUGUAUAAUACAGAGAACAGAGUGUGGGAUUUGGAGUCAUACAUACCCAGGAUAAAAUCUCACUCUGCUUUUUUUUUUUAAUAUUUAUUUAUUUAUUUAGUGUAUAUGAGUACACUGUAGCUGUCUUAGACACACAUCAGAUCUCAUUACAGAUGGUUGUGAGCCACCAUGUGGUUGCUGGGAAUUGAACUCAGGACCUCUGGAAGAGCAGUCAGUGCUCUUAACUGUUGAGCCAUCUCUCCAGCCCAGGAGCAUGUGUUCUUAUUUUAUUUCAUUUGCUUGGGUGUUUGACAUCACAUGCACGCCUGUGCCCAUAAAGGCCAGAAGAGGACAUCAAAUCUUUUGGAACCAUAGUUACAAACAGUUGUGAGCUGCCAUGUGGGUAAACCAAACAUGAUUCUUCCACGAGGGCUCCAAGUGCUUUUGAUCACUGUGGCAUCUCACCAGGUCUUCUCUGAAAAAUUUCACAUCCUUUCUGAUUUUUGAGUUUGAAAAAUGAGAUCAACUUUGUGAAGUCUUCUCUGUUCAGGAUGCUACAAAUGAGUUCUCAAUCCAUGGGAACCAUCUUGGGCAGAGCUGAGCGCCCAAAAUAUCUUUCUGAAAAAGACGGAAGGUCCAGCACCUUCUUCCAAGGUCAGUAAGGGAUAGAGAUUUCAGAAUUAAUUAUCACAGGGUUCUCAGCAGGACAGCCAAGGUCCCUUCCUCCCUGCUCUGCAGAGAAGAGAGGAGGUAGUUGAAGAGAGAGAUUGGUUCUCUGCUCCUCCCUUUUUCUCCCUGUUUUCCUCACACCCACCUCUCCCCCACAGCAGCCUUCUCCCCCACAGAGACUGGGAUAGGGCAGAGGGGGGCGGAGUUGGGGAUUGAGGGCUUGGAAGCCCCACAGUGCCCUGUAUUUGUAGGAAGCGUUGACGAGGGUAGCUGUGCUGGUGUGUGCUGUCCUGCUGACAUCCUUUAGUAGGAUGCUGGGGACACUGGGGCUUUGGACACUGCUUCCUGCAGCUGCACAAGUAUCCCCAAACAGGAGGACCUGUGUGUUCUUUGAGGCUCCUGGAGUUCGGGGAAGCACAAAAACACUGGGGGAAGUGGUAGAUGCAGGACCAGGCCCCCCGAAGGGUAUCCGCUGCCUCUACAGCCAUUGCUGCUUUGGGAUCUGGAAUCUGACCCAUGGCCGGGCACAAGUGGAGAUGCAAGGAUGCCUAGACAGUGAUGAACCCGGCUGUGAGUCCCUCCACUGUGACCCCGUCCCCCGAGCGCACCCCAGCCCCAGCUCCACACUCUUCACAUGCUCCUGCGGUACCGACUUCUGCAAUGCCAACUACAGCCAUCUGCCUCCUUCAGGAAACCGAGGGGCUCCCGGCCCCCAGGAGCCUCAGGCUACCCCAGGUGGGCCCAUCUGGAUGGCGCAGCUGCUGCUGGGAGUGUUCCUUGUGCUGCUGCUGAGUAUCAUCAUCUUGGCCCUGUUACAACGAAAAGCCUGUAGAGUGCAAGGUGGGUCAGACCCGGAGCCGGAGCCAGGCUCAGGAGGAGACUGCAGUGAGGAACUGCCCGAGUUGGCUGAGCUGCGCUUCUCCCAGGUAAUCCAGGAAGGAGGUCAUGCAGUCGUCUGGGCUGGGAGGCUCCAGGGUGAGAUGGUAGCCAUCAAGGCCUUCCCCCCAAGGGCUGUGGCCCAGUUCCGAGCUGAGCGAGCUGUGUACCAGCUGCUAGGCCUACAGCAUAACCACAUUGUUCGCUUUAUCACUGCUGGCCAGGGAGGCCCUGGCCCCUUGCCCUCUGGGCCUUUGCUGGUACUGGAACUGUACCCUAAGGGCUCCUUAUGCCACUACUUGACUCAGUACACGAGCGACUGGGGCAGUUCCUUGAGGAUGGCUCUGUCCCUGGCCGAGGGCCUGGCGUUUCUCCACGGGGAGCGUUGGCAGGAUGGCCAGUACAAACCAGGUAUCGCUCACCGAGACCUGAGCAGCCAGAAUGUGCUCAUUCGGGAAGAUAGGUCAUGUGCCAUCGGAGACCUGGGCCUUGCCUUGGUACUCCCUGGCCUUGCUCAGCCCCCUGCCUUGGCCCCUACUCAACCCCGAGGCCCAGCUGCCAUUUUGGAGGCUGGCACCCAGAGGUACAUGGCUCCGGAGCUCUUGGACAAGACUCUAGACCUGCAGGACUGGGGCACAGCUCUCCAGAGAGCGGAUGUUUACUCUCUGGCUCUACUACUGUGGGAGAUCCUGAGCCGCUGUUCCGAUUUGAGGCCUGACCACAGACCACCACCUUUUCAAUUGGCUUAUGAGGCAGAACUGGGCAGCAAUCCCAGUGCCUGUGAGCUCUGGGCCCUGGCGGUCGCGGAGAGGAAGCGCCCCAACAUCCCUUCCUCUUGGAGCUGCUCUGCCACAGACCCUAGGGGGCUGAGGGAGCUCCUGGAAGAUUGCUGGGACGCAGACCCAGAAGCAAGGCUGACAGCUGAGUGUGUGCAGCAGCGCCUGGCAGCCCUGGCUUAUCCUCAGGUGGCUUCCUCCUUCCCAGAGAGCUGUCCACAGGGCUGCCCAGAGAACUGCCCUGCAGCGCCUGCCUCUGCGGCUUUCCCCUGCAGGCCUCAGCAGAGUUCUUGUCUCCUCAGUGUUCAGCAAGGCUCUGGCUCUAAGUCCUGAGCCUUACGUGUGCUUGUGAGCUCCUGUGUGCCACAUACGUGCCGGAGGUGGUGGAAGCCAGAAGAGGACCAAGCCCCCGGAACUGGAGUCACAGACGGUUGUAAGCCACCAUGUGGGUGCUGGAAACAGAUCCUUUGCAAGAGCAGUGAUUGCUCUUAGAGGCUCCUAAGCCAUCUCUUUAGCCCUUUAUUCUUUUUUUUUUUUCGGAGCUGGGGACCGAACCCAGGGCCUUGCACUUCCUAGGCAAGCGCUCUACCACUGAGCUAAAUCCCCAACCCCAGCCCUUUAUUCUUGAGGCAGGGUCUUGCCCUAUAGCCUUGGCUGACCUACAUCUACUACUCAGUAUGUAGCCCAGGCUAGUCUCAGACUUGCAACAAUCCUCAUGCCUUGGCAUAUGGGGUACAUGCUUGGGACACCAGCAUUUACUCAUGUAUGUAUGUAUUUACUUAUUUGACAAGGUCUCACUAUGUAGCCCUGGCUGGCCUGGAACUCACAAAAAUCUACCUGCCUCUCUCUCUCAAGUGCUAAGAUUAAAGGUGUGUGCCCACUGUGGCAGCUACUAACAUUUAUUUUGGAAGAUUUUAUUUGUAUAAUUUUAACUCUGUGUGUGUGUGUGUGUGUGUGUAGGUUGAUGUCUAUAUACAGGUGAGGGCUGGCACAAGUUAGCUCAAGGCCAUGAUUGGACAGUAAAAAAAUAAGGCGGGGACAAAGCUUUUGUAAGGCAAGAGAGAAGGAGAAGGAAGGAGAAUCAAGAUGGAGAUGGAGGGGUUGGGGAUUUAGCUCAGUGGUAGAGCCCUUGCCUAGCAAGCGCAAGGCCCUGGGUUCGGUCCCCAGCUCCGAAAAAAAAAAAAAAUGGAAUUUCAUCUUACCCUAAUGUAUUAGCUUCUAUCUAUAAAUAUAUAACAUUAUAGAUACAGGUGAGGAGGAUUUAUUAGAGUGACUUAGAGGCUGCAGUCCAGCUAAUCUAACAAUGGCUGCCUGUAAGCAGAAAGCCCAACAAUCCAGCUCGGUCCAUGUGGUUGAGUUUCUCAGCUCAUCAGUGUAUGCUGGAGUCCCAAAGCAUUAGGCUCUAACGCCAGUAAAGGAAUGUCCAGAGAAUCAGGCAAGGAGCAAAAGUGUCCUUCCACGUCCUUAUCUAGAAGGUAUGGCCCAGAUUAAAGGUGUGUCUUUCCACUUCAAAAUCUAGAUUAGUGCAUCUGCCUACUUCAGAUUAAACAAAAAACCUUCAAGGAAAAAAAAAAAAAAAGGAAAAGAAGGACUAGAGAGAUGGCUCAGUGGUUAAGGGCACUGGCUGCUCUUCCAGAGGUCCUGAGUUGAAUUCCCAGCAACCACAUGGUGGCUCGCAACCAUCUGUAAUGGGAUCUGAUGCCCUCUUCUGGUGUGUCUGAAGACAGUGACAAUGUACAGUGACAAUGUACUCAUAUGUGAAUAUAAAUCUUAAAAAAGAAGUAAAAGAAAAAAAGAAAAAAGAAAAACCCUCACAGGUGUGUCCCCAUGUUUGGAUUUUAGUUAAUUCUAGACAUAGUUGACAACCAAGAAUGGUCGUCACACAUAAUAAAAAUUGUUUUAAAUGUUUAUAAAAGUUUGAGGUCAUCUUGGCAACACAGUAAACUUGAGGCCAUCCUAGGCUAAGUGUGAAAUACCGUCUCAAAAAUAAAGUGUAGAGAGGGGGUAAGGUGAGAGAGGAACAGAGACAACUAUGUAUGGCUUGUUGCAAUGUGCUUGAUUUAUUCAUCUUUUUUUCUCUUCACAGACAGGGUCUCAUAAUCCAGGGUGGCUUCAAACUCCCUGUGUAGUCAAGGAUGACUUUGAACUCGUGAUCCUACCUACAAAGUGCUGGGAUUACAGGCUUGGCUCCUAUAUGUAGCUUUUUUCCCUUUCUUUUCUUUUUCAUGAUAGAUAGGUAAAUCCCUUUAUUUUCACGAUUCCUUCCCUAAAAUAAACACUACCUUGUUAGGAAACAAGUUCUUACUGUGUAGUCCAGAUUUCUGUGUAUUCUGGUAGUCCAGGUUGGCCCCAACUUGAAAUCCUCCUGUCUCUCAGGUGUGUGAGCAUUAGAGGACAGUUUUCAGGGAACUGUUCUCUCCUAUCUUGUGGGUCCUGGGAUUUCACUGAGGUUGUCUGUGGCAGUCUGCUGGGCUGCCACCAUCCUCUUCCUUUUGUGGUUUGUGGGGGUGUUUUGUUUUGUUUUGUUUUUGAGACAGGGUUUCUCUGUGUAGAUCUGGCUAUCCUGGAACUUGCUCUGUAGACCAGGCUGACCUCAAACUCACAGAGCUCUGCCUGUACCACUACCACCUAGCUACCUGCUGGGCCAUCUUGCUUUCAGGAGAAACUUUACACUCUAGUUCUGCUCAGCUGGCUUGUGUUUUCCAUGACAGUCCUUCUGCCCCCUAUCCACAGGAGGGAACUAAAAGAUUGCAGAAGUUCAGAAUGUGUGUGAGGUGGCACAGCUUUUAAGUAACAGAUGAAAGGGUUUUUACCAUUAGAUGUUGAUGGGGGCUAGAGUGAUGGCUUAGCAGUUAAGAGCAACCAUUGCAUUUCCAGAAGACCUAGAUUUACUUUCCAGUACCCACAAGACAGCUCGUAACUAUUUAUAAUUCCAGUCUCAGGGGAAUCUGGUGCCCUCUUCUGACUCCUGAGGGUGCUGCAUGCGCAUGGUGCACAGGACAUACACGUAGCCAAAACCCCCAUAACACAUAAGAUAAAAUAUUUUAAAAGAUAUUUAUGGGUUGGGCAUAUAGCUACAUUGCAGACUCUUGGCUUCGCAUGUUUUGAACUCCACCUGUUAGAACUAGAUGUGCUGAAGCACGAGUUUGUAAUCUUUACCUUAAAAAAAAAAAAAACUCUUUUGAGAGUUGUGGCUUGCUCUUGUUAUUCUUGCACGGGAGAGAGGCAGAUAAGGGAUGACUGCCUUCCCUCCAAGGUCAACCUGAGUCAUACAGGAAGACUCUGUCUCAAAACAACAAAACCAAAAGUGAAGUUAUUCACCCGGAACAAUGGCAUGAGACUAUAACCACGGCAUCUGUUGGACACAUUGAGACCCCCUCUCUUACCUAUCUUUCUACAAAAGAGAACCACGGGGCUGGAGAGAUGGCUCAGUGGUUAAGAGCACUGACUGCUCUUCCAGAGGUCCUGAGUUCAGAUCCCAGCAACCACAUGGUGGCUCACAACCAUCUGUAAUGAGAACUGAUGCCCUCUUCUGGUGUGUCUGAAAACAGCUACAGUGUACUCAUAUAUAAUAAAUAAAUAAAUCUUUAAAAAAAAAAAAAGAGAACCACGGGCUGUGGUUAUAGAAGCUGGCAGCAUUGAGACCUGGGGCUAGGACUUAGCAGCACUUCCUCCUUU